AUGACGGACCCCGCCAUCCAGGUCGCAGAAACCAUCCAAACGGCUUCCAUCAAUCGGUCGCCAUCUGCCAGUCGUGACAUCAACCCUCCAACCUCAUUAUCGGAGAAGAAGCCCCCCGUCGAACUUACGUCCUCUGAUGCUGGCAGCAUCCCUUCGGAUCUCAUCGACCAUCCUCCGGCUUUUCGCACCCCCGCGCGGCGACAUAAUUUACCGCCCCUACCCGAUCUACGAUUCGAGCAAAGCUACCUCGCCAGUUUGCGAGGCGCGGACACAUGGGGGCGAGUAGCAUGGAUUACCAUCAGAGACCAGGUCCUUUUACCGCUAAUUCAAGGUACACUCUGGACUCUGGCGCUCUCGGGAUGGCGAUUUUGGAACCGCACUGCAUCUCUUAGCGGUCAAACGCUAGGAAGUAGGGUUAGGAGAUGGUGGUAUGAAGUCAAUAACUGGAAGCUUCCCCCUAUGGCGCCGAGGAACUCAAGGGCCGCCGCGGCACAGGUAGAAGACUUCUAUACAGCACAAUUCUCCAACGCGGGUGCCGACUAA